AUGGGUACUACGCGCGGCCUAGAACGCGGUGGGGACAAGCCCAAGAAACACAAAGACCGCGGCGUCAAGUUCAAUGAGAGACACACGAACAAGUACGGUCUGUCAGUGUGCAGUCGCAACGCCAAGACGAACGCGGUGGAGUCUGUUAUGUGCAAAUUUUGCGUGGCUUUCGGGAAGGAGUCUUCGGCUAACGCGACCCGCAAGCGGCGUGCGACGGCCAACAUCAAGUACUUUCGACAGCCAUUCCGCGCAGAUCAUUAUUUGUCACACCUGGAGAUUAAUCACAAGCAUAAAUGGGCCGAGUACGAGCAGUCGUCGAACCCUGAGAAAGCAAAGUUCUUUGCGGCCCAUAUCGAGGAGGCCACCAUCAACUCGCUGGCGAUGGCGCAGCAGCAACUCUUCAAAGAACAAACUGACAGUGUCAGCAGCGCGGGGGAAGUGGUGGGUACAGAUACGCCUGUUGUCCAGCGUGUCGGUCCUGUGCGCCUUCCAGCUUCGGUGAUCGAGAAGCGCCUGGUUGAAGAGAUUGUCGGGGAUAUGUUUUUCAAUGCAAGCGAAGAGGAGGAAGUCUCGAAAGACCAGGCUUUCAGCGUUUUCCACUGCAAGGAAGCGGGCAUGUACGAAAUCGUCAUCAAGAAUCAGCGUCUGUACGACCUUGCCAUCAAGUUUGUGGCCUGCGGUGCGUCGUUCCGACUGGCAUCACGCAUGGUGCAGUGCACAAAAGAAGAGACAAAAAUGACCUUUUAUGGUGGCUGCUCGGACAACCGAGUGGCGGGUUAUGUGCGUGCUGUGAUUGCCAGCAACCUGCAAAAGAUUGCGCUUAUGAUGCGCUCCUCGUGGGCGUACGCGAUUGCCACCGAUGCAACCGCUCAUCAAGGCACUUCGUACUUGGACAUCCGCGUACGGUUGUGGCAGAAUAGAUCGCUGCAUGACUUUCAUCUCCUGACUGUGCCUGCAUUGAACCAGCACCCCGCCCCGUCAAUUAUGAAGACGCUAGAAAAGUUCUUGGACGUUAUGGAUGACAAAUGGCGAGGUAAACUACUUGGCACAACUACGAACGGCGGUGCCAACACAGGACGCAACACGGGGGUGACAGGUAGCCAACAGGGUCUUUCAGCGCGUCUCAGCACUGCUGUGAACAAACCUGGUUUCUACCUUAUCUGGUGUGGUGUGCACCAGUUGGAGCUGGUAGUGAAGAACUGCGUCACCACAUUUUGUCGGAAAGCUUUUUACGAUGAACUGGUGUCGAUACUAGCUGCUUUACGUCAGGACCAACAGAGGUAUCAUCAAGAGGGAUCGCUCUCUCUUUUUGAGAAUGAUAGUAUCCCUGAUGUCACCACUGCGUUCUCGUCUACUCGCGGUUUCUCCGAGAAGUUGAUGCAGGCGCUUAAGUGGCUAACGGAGCAUCGUCAAGCAAUUAUGGAGCUCCGUCAAACAGCGUCCGCAGUCUCUGUUCCGUCCGCUUCGUGGUGGGUUUGUGUAGCCGUUGCUCACCGAGUGAUGGCUGAGAUUGUGUACUUUAUGAACAAGUUGCUGAGUUUGGAGAGCGGUCCGAACAAAGUGAGGGGCCAAGUGCAGGAGCUGUGUAAACUCGCUCUCAUUAUGGCAGAUGUGGUUGGAGCUCGACGAGACUUGUGGGAGUCACCAGAUCGUGAAGAAGCUUGCGUCGCAGGGUCGUUCCAAUUGUCUUUCCAGAAUGCCCAGCAGUUUAUUCAGAACGAGGGUGGUCCACUGGCAAUUGAGGUGUUCGACACGCUUGGUGGGGUGGAACGGCUACAUGUCGCCAAGUCUGUGGCGCAUUUCGCUGUGAAUUUGAUUGCAGGUGUUGCCACAAUUGCUCAGGAAGGGCGCCACUACUGCACUGAAGACGUUGGUGUACAUGUGAAUCCGCCUAUUGCAAUGCCUAUCCAGGUUUGUGAAAUGGGUCAGGAAGCUUUUUUAAAGAUUCUGAGCGAACAAGAGCCACGUUUGCGUGAGACCUACUCGGACGAAGACAUAAUGACGAUCCAAAGCGAGUACGAAGAGUUCGUGCUGGCUGUGCACCGUGAGCCGAUUCUCAUCGGAGUGUUGAAGAAACAUGACCGUCAUACCGACGUAUCCUUCGCCUGGUCCUGCGUUAACGGCAGAUUCCGCAAGCUGCAGGAGUUCAUGGGGGGCUUCGCCACGGUGGUUCCGGACCUGUCUGCAGGUACUUUGGCAGCAGAUCUAAGUCGAUUGAACUGGGAGAAGCCGGACUACCGCCAGACGAAGGUCGACUUUGCUCUUGAAGGCAUCUUGCAUGCCAAACAGAAGAUAAAGGUGGAGCUGGUGGAAAUUCACUGCAUGAAAUCGACCACAUCUUCUUUCAGUGGCGAUGGGAGUGUUAUGGGUAGCACUCCGGUUACUCCGGACGUGGUGGAUCUCGCUCAAGCACACGCGCCUGGUGGUGGCUCUUUGACGGCAGCAUCUCUGAAUGCCGGUAUGGUUAAAAUGCCUCUUCCUAACGCGACGAUGGCGAUGCCUCUGAACAUGCAGCCCAGCAUGACCACGCAGGAUAUUGCCAACCUCUCUGGUGUUCCGAUGGUAGAGGCCAAGACCGGCACUAGCAGUUCAGGCGGUGGUGGCAACAUUGUUCCCGAACAUGGCUACAUGUUUUUGUGA